UCCUCCCAGAGCUCUGUUUUAAGCCUAGAGGCUCCAAAGCCCCCCGACCAUCCAUCCUUUGCAGGGGCGGUGAGCGAUCCGUUGUCUUGACUCCCAGGGGCGGUGGCCCUGCGGCUGCUCCAAUCGCCGCCCGGCAAAGGAAUUAGGGCGUGGACAAGUCCUGAAAAAGUUAGGGCGGGUUCCAAGGUGGGGCGCGCGGGGGAGCCCAGGGACCCGGCCCUGCGGGAAAGCCUCUGCUGCUGCUCUGCUGGGGGCAUCGAAGGUCUCCUAGGACUUGGGAGCCUCAUCUAUCCCAGCCGCCCACCAUGGAGCCCUUCGGGCUUCUCAUGACUGGCGCCUCCUUCGCUGUCUUUCGGGGGCUGCACUGGGUCCUGCAACACCUGCCCACGCCCAAGCCUGCUGCUCGGAACCGCUGGAAGUGGCGGAACAUCUGUGUCUCGCUGGUGCACAGCCUGCUCGCUGGAACCGGGGCGCUGCUCGGGCUGUCAUUCUUCCCUCAGAUGAUUGCCGACCCAAUUCGGGGCCACCCUCCUGGGGCUCUGAUGCUAGUGGCUGUAUCAGUAGGUUACUUCCUGGCUGAUGCAGCUGAUCUGUUGCGGAACCAGACCUUGGGCCAGGCCUGGGAUCUUCUCUGUCACCAUUUGGUGGUAAUAAGCUGCCUCAGCACCGCCAUUCUGUCUGGCCACUACGUAGGCUUCUCUGUGGUGUCUCUGCUCCUGGAGCUGAACUCAGCCUGCCUGCACUUCCGGAAGUUGCUGCUACUUUCCCACCAGGCCCCAUCCUUGGCCUUCAGCAUGGCUAGCUGGGCGACUCUUGCCACCCUGGUCCUCUUCCGCCUUGUUCCUCUGGGGUGGAUGAGUCUGUGGCUAGCCCAGCAGCAACGAGAGGUGCCUCCUGCCCUGGUUGCCCUUGGUGGCGUUGGACUGCUCACUGUAGGUGUCAUGAGCAUCGUACUGGGUGUACGAAUUCUGAUCAAUGAUGUUUUGCGGUAUCGGCCUUGCCCACCUACAUCUGGGCACAAGGAAACACCAGACACCAGGGCCUAUUGUGCUGGUGAGCAUGUCACCAGGGAUGUGUCUGCUCUCAACAUGAGAAACUAGAGAAGCCUUAGGCUUCUCCAACCAUCUGAGGGAGGUAAGAACAAGACAAGAA